CAAUUUUAAAAACAAGCAGAAAUUAGCAAAGUCAGUUUCAAAGAUGUCUGGAGUUAAGGAAUCUAGAUCUCGAGGGCGUUCUCAACUGAAAUCAAGAGAUGAAGAAAAAUAUCCUUCUCUUCAGGAUUCUGGAUCUAAGGUUCGAACAAAGACAACCAGCCUCCCUCCCGGAACCUAUUCUGGAUCCUCAGGGUUCAAAACUGGACACAUGGAGGUUAACAGUCUGUACAGUGGGGAUUCUGGAAGUCUAACUGUAAACUCUAUGAAUGCUCCAAACAAUUCAACUUUACAGGUUUAUUUAAAGGAAAUGUUCACGAAAAUAAAAGGUGUAACCAUUAUUCAAUAGCAAAUUAUUACUAAU